AGGAGUUAAUGCAUUCUAUUAAUUUUCCAAAACUUGAGAAUCAGGAAAGAUUCUGUGGGACGGGAAAGGAGCAACAAAAAAAACUUGUAAGAGAAGAGCUACGAAACAGGAAGCAACAGAUCCAUUAGCUUGAUGCUGUUUAUAGGGGUGUUCAAAUCAAUCAUGGAAGAGAAUUUAGUUGUGCACUUAGUAAAACCUGGUAAUCAGGAGACGUCCGCACAGUUCUAUCAAUGGGAAUCACAUUGAAUCCCUUUAUUGAAGCUCUGUGAAGGAGAAAUACGUGCUGUGGGUUAAGGGGAGUCUGUAUUUGAUGUAGAUUUGAAGAAGACAUUUGAUGAGGGCUGCAUCCAUAAGUAUCGCGGAAAAGAAAAACUCGUGUUGGGGCAAGAUAUUAGCAGUGAAAAAAAGACUGGCUAACAGGAGGUGGAGUAUGCAUAAGUAGAUAUUUGUCUGAUUGCAAAAUGUGAUGAGUGAAGUCUUAAAUGGGUUUGUGAUGGGCUUUCCACAAUUUGCAUCAAUGCAGAUGACGAAAAUGAAGACCUAGUAGCUAAAUUUGCAGGCAGUACCAAGAUGGGUAGGAAACAGUGUUGCGAAGAAGACGAGGAAGUUGCAGAUGAAUACAAGUUGAGUGAAUAUACAAAUACAGCAAACUUUGUAUUAGCUGGCGGCUCAUAAACCAGCACUGUGACAAAAAUUAUAUACCUGAAAUACUGGAAGCAUACUGUAUUAUAGCAAUCUCCAUGAUGUCUGAGUUGUAGUUGAGGGUGUGAAUGGGAAGGCUCUCUGGCAAGUUUUAUCCAAGGCAAAGUUGCGUUAUUACUUAUUUAUUUGACAGCAUAAAUCAUGACUGGGAUGUGUAUAAUCCCUGCAUUAUGUUUCGAUUACUUAGUGUGUGUUUUUACAUUUUGAUUAUGUGGACCUCUUGAUCAACCAGAAUAUUUGAUGAACUGGCACUCUCCUGGUCCCACAGAUGCCAGUUAAUAAAAACGUUGCUGUAUCUGGCAAUGGAGUAAUAUGUGAGAAAAUGUGAAACUUUUCACUUUAUAGUUGAAGAAGAAAAGUUGGGUAUCAUUUUAAACAAGAAUAUCAGUGGGAUUUUGAGGUGCAGAGGGAUUCUGGUAUUCUGCAGUCCAAGUCUUAAGUUUGUAAUCAGGAAGGCGAUUAGGAUGCUAUCUUCUUAUUUGAGAAGGAAUUGAACACAAAAAUGAGGAUGCUAUGCUUUACUUGUGUAGUGAAACCAUGUCUCAGAGACAGAGUAAAGAGUCUGCUGCCCCAGUCUGGGGUGCUGGUAAUGAGGGUCAGGCUGCCCUUGGUCUAGGGGAUGGAGUUGGGGAUCUGGGUGGAGGUGGUCUGGUGGCAUUUGGCAAAAACCCUCAUUCACUCCUUAAUAUUGCAAAAUUUGACUAUUUGUGUACUUCUGGCUGAUCUUCAUAUUCUACCUUUGAUCAACUGAAGGUAAACUUAAUGGCCGCUUCCUAUCUAACUCGGGCUAAGUCUGAUUCACGUCACUCCUGCUUGCAGGGGCAUAUUGACUCAUAUUUGAGCAUUACCUUAAUUUUAAACUUCUCAUUUUUUUAUUUCAGUCCCUCUAUAGAAGAAGAGAGGAGCUGAGUAUUAUUAAAAUGGAGAAAGAUUGCUGAAAGCUCCAUUGCAGUAAUUUGGCAAUUCUUGUACAUAAUUCUUAAAAAUAGAGCAUGCAAGUUCAGCAGAUUGAUGGGGAAGGCAAAUGGAAUGUUGGCUACUAACUCAAAGGGAAUGGAGCAUAAAAGUAUUGAAGUCUCGGUAAAACUAUGCAAGGCACUAGGCAAAUGAUAGCUGGAAUACUGUGAGCAGUUUUGUUGUUUUAACUGAGGGAAGAUAUACUGACAUGGGAGGAAGUUCAGAGAAUGUUCAUUACGUUGAUCCUGGGUGUAGCAGGACUGUGUAAUGAGGAGAGAUUGAAUAAUUGGACAAGUUGGAAUUUGUUCUCUGAGGAUAGUGAAUUCUGUCUCUGAGGGGCGUAGAAGUUGGGCCAUUCAGUAUAUUCAAGGCUGAGGUAGACAGAUUUUUAACUCAUUAGAACAUAAAACAUAGAACAUUACAGCACGGUACAGGCCCUUUGGCCCUUGAUGUGGUGCCGACCUGUCAUACCGAUCUGAAGCCCAUCUACGUCCGUGUGCUCUUCCAAUGACGACUUAAAUGUGCCUAAAGUUGGCAAAUCUUCUACUGUUGCAGGCAAAGCGUUCCAUUCCCUUACUACUCUGAGUAAAGAAACUACCUCUGACAUCUGUCCUAUAUCUUUCACCCCUCAAUUUAAAGCUAUGCCCCCCUCGUGCUCGCUGUCAACAUCCUAGGAAAAAGGCUCUCCCUAUCCACCCUAUCUAACCCUCUGAUUAUUUUAUAUGUUUCACCUCAACCUUCUUCUCUCUAAUGAAAACAGCCUCAAGUCCCUCAGCCUUUCCUCGUAAGACCUUCCCUCCAUACCAGGCAACAUCCUAGUAAAUCUCCUCUACACCCUUUCCAAAGCUUCCACAUCCUUCUUAUAAUGCGGUGACCAGAACUGCACACACUACUCCAAGUGUGGCCGCACCAGAGUUUUGUACAGCUGCAGCGUUGAAGGAAUCCACAGUUAUAAAUCUAAGGAGUGAUUUUCCAGAUCACCCUUCCAAAGCUGGAAGUGAACAAACUUUAAGGAUACCUGGUGAAACCAACCACUGUGUCUAUUCCCUAGAUAGGAGAUUACCAGCUGCGUUCUUUUUCGAUAACUAGUGGAUGGGUUAUAUGACAUCAAGAGGGAUGAAAUGGAUGAUGGUCUCAUUUACAGAAUUCCUUUGCAACGAUCUUCGAAUGUGCAAGGGAAAUACCCAAUUCAUGAUGACCAAACUCAAGGCUAUCUAGACAUGAUGCCCUCUGGUGACUCAUUUAAACGAAGGCCCGACUAUGGUUUGCAGGGAUUUUCUCACCGAGAAGAAGGACGAAGAUCAAGUGAACAUGGUGGGGACAAGUUAAAGAAAAUUCCUUACCCUCACUCGAGGUCCGAUGAUCGAGGAAGGGAUCCUAAACGUUCACGGCUUGAACACCAUAGCCGCAGUAAGGAUCAUCAUAGCAGGCAGCAACGUAGCCGCAGUCCAGAAAGACACCGGAGUUACAGAGCUAGAAGUUCUGAUCGGCGAAGAAGCAUCACUCCUCCUCGGAAUCCAAGCAACAGUCAUGCACAGGAACAUUUUCCAUACGGCAAAAGUAAAAAUGAUGAAUUCCGUGAACUGGAAAUUGCUCGCAGAAGGAAAGAGCAAGAAGAGAGGAUUAGAGCAGAAAUGCUACCUCCCCCUCAGCGGGAACUUACAAACCGCACAUAUGGUCUAUCUGAGCAUUUUGAUAAGAAUAUGUUAGGCAUUCAGCAGUCUCCCAGUAGUAGCUAUGUUUUACAUAGACCUGAUGAGGCUCCACAAAUGCCAAAGAAAUCUAUUCUGAAGAAACGCACAGAACCAGGAUUGGAGCCCUCAACUGUAAUGCAGUUUGAUGAGUAUCAUGGUGCCACAGUCAAUGAAAGCCCUGAGCAGCAGAAAAAUUAUGUUUCAUCGCACAGCUUCACACGGUUACCACAGCAUGAAUCAAGUUACGCUGAGACUGAAGAAUUCUCUUUCAUGCAAGACACGAGAGAAAUUCAUCAAAUCACUGAUCAGGGAGGUGUCCCUGGUCUGUCCAAUACCAAUUUCCUUUUUGAGAGGGAUGUUCCGGGUAAGAUUGGCACAAAAUCAAAUUUGGAAAGAUCUGAGGUUCAGGACCGGGUUUCAGACUUCCUUCUUCCACAUGAACGGGCUCGUCAGGAUGGCUAUGGUUUCUGUCGUAUGCUUGGUUUAUUAGAAGAAUCUGAAAAUGGGAACUUAGAGAGGAGGAAGCAUAAUUUUCCAGAUAUAGAGGAUGAGGAAAGGUUUCUCUAUGGAGAAGAUGAGGAAGAGAAAACAGAAGGUGGGAAACAUAGAGAUGCUCUUGCAAACCGGAAUCUCCUUCCUGUAAGACAAACCAGUUUGCCUGAAGGAGCAUCGAACUUGGCAAGUGCAAAACCUGAGAAAGAAUAUGAAAAGAUCCAUGAUUUACUGAAGACCAUUGGACUCGAUAUAGGAGUAACGGAGAUCAGCAAACUGGCAGCCCGUACUGAGGAACGACUGCAUGGGAAAAAACCUGUAACUCGAUCACCUGAACAUCUGCUAGGACCUCACAAAAUUGCUUCCUGGGAGAAGCGAAGAAGCCGAAAUGAGGCAAAAUCACCAGAACCUCAUGCACAAACACGAACGAGGUUGCAUAAACUGGAAAAUACCUCAGGUCCUGUGGUGAGAGAUGGCAAGGAGUCGUUUAAUCGAGAAACAGCAAAAGAGCCUGAGAAAGCACGAUGUCCUACAGUAAUCCCAACGGUCCAUAAACCUGGUUUAUUGCCAAUCCCAUCACAAAACUAUGCCUUGCCACCUUACGGGCAAUAUCCAGCACCUCCAGUAAAUUACCCACUAAAUGCACCGCCACCUAACUAUAAUCAAUAUGACCCUUAUGCCUCAUUGUCUGCCCCAACCUGGCCAAUGUACCCACCUUCGCAAGUUACUGAGCCGUAUGCUCAGCAACCAAACAAUCGAAUGUUUGUGGUUAUGCAGCCACCCAAGGUCACCCGACCAAAUCUAAGGGUCAUUGAAACAGUUAAUGAUCCUGAAGACAUUGCAGACCACAAACAAAAGAAUUCUGUAUUGGUACACGUGCAGACAACACCUACUUUGAGCCAAGUUCCAGUAGCAGCCUCGAAUCGGAUGAUGCUGAUGCCCAAUUUUGCAGAGGAGGAGAAGAGGAAAUCUGAACAGAAGCAAAAGGUUCUGGAAGAGAAAGCCAAGCUCCUCAAGGAGAAAGAAGCUAGGGCGAAACGUCUGGAUUAUCUUGGAAAUGAGCUGCAGAAACUUCGAAAACAGCAAGGGGAAUUGCUAAGAAAGAAACGUCGUGAAAAGGAUGGACACAAGGACCCUCUUCUGGUUGAAAAUGGCAAGCUACAGGAAGACAUUGUUCGCCAGAUGUCUUUAGUACGUCAGCAGGUUGAGGAGACUGUUAAAAAGCUAUCGGAGCUGGAGAAAGUGGCUCAGAUCUUGGGGGUGGUGAUUCAAGAUAAAAGUUCAAAAUCAUCUGACAAGCACAAAGGCGAUGUCUUGGAAAAGGUGCUGCUGAAAGAAGAAAAUUUGACAUCGUCAAAGGAGAUUUCAACAAGGAAAGGAUCUUUGGAGGAGUUGGAUGCUAAAACAAGGAAGCUACGUGAAAACCUCCCUGAAUCUAGAGAUGUGUAUGAAUACUAUGAUACAGGGAAUCACUGGUGCAAAAAUUGCAAUACCAUUUGUGGGACAUUGUUCGACUUUUUCACUCACAUGCAUAAUAAGCGACAUAGGCAGACAUUGGAUCCUUAUGAUAGACCGUGGUCUGCAAAGAUGGCAAGUGAAGACAAAAAUGACUCUCUCAAGCGAACUGAUAAAAUAACAAUGCCAGCAAAAGGUUCAGAAUUUUUGAUGCCAGUCACUGGAUUUUACUGCCAGCUCUGUGAGGAGUUCUACGGGGAUCAGAUUUGUGCUGAAGAUCAUGUCAAAUCACGUGCUCACAAUGAUAAAUAUAAGGCAUACUUAAAUGAGAAUCCUGUGUAUGAACAAAGGAGAAACCUAGAUCGUCAGGCUGGCUUAGUUGUGAUUACUGAGACAGAGCGCCGGCGUCAGGCAGGUCUGAAGAGGAAAUUAGAUGAAGAGAAAGAGAUUCAGAAACAGAAGAGGCUGGAAGAGAGCGAUGAGAGGAAGGCAAAACUAAUCAGACUGGCUAAGGAGGAGGGUGCGAAUGUUACUGAGCUAGAAGAAGAACGGAGUGACCGUUCGUCCUCCCACAAAAUAGACCUCGGUAGUAAGCCAGGUAUAAAACUGAUGCUGAAAAAGGAUGAGGUUGAAGACAAGAAAGAUGAGGAACAAGGCUCACCCUUCGGAAAAUUCAGUUGGAAGAAACCUGAGAAAGAAGAGGAAAAAAUCAGCACACUAGGAGUAAAGGAGGAAAAUAUUGAAGGCAGCAAGGAGAAGGAUGAUUGUAAGGGGCAGACUGGAAAAUCUGUGUCCAAGAUGAUUGAAAUUAAACUCUCUGGAAAAACUCUUAUUGCUCAUACCAGCCCCUGGGUACCAUUCACUUCAGUAAGUACAACGACACAGGCAAAAAUCCGUCCCAAUCUUCCUGUGGCUAAUGUGCCGCUGAGGAAGGCUAGUGGGUCAUCUGUCAAUAAACCAGCGCCUUUGGAUACAUUCCUCUCCAUUCGAUCUUCAGGAACUUCUAACAAACCACUACCUGUGGUUAAGGCUGGAGCGUUGUUAGCUCCUGAUGUGAUCUCCAGGGCUUUUGGUGGCGAGGAAGUGACUUUGAAAGGAAGCAUUCUGGAUGUACAUAAAGAACCUGAUUGUUUGGCUGAAGAACCAGCUCCUGGAGUGUCUGAAUGUGAGCAAACUAUUUUGGCUGUUCCAGUCCGCCCACCACCACCACCGGCUAUGUCUCUCACUGACUCCAGUAAGAAGUCGGAGAAACCCAAAACCUGUCUGGCUGCUGCUAAUGCUAAAGAUUUGUAUGGUAUUUAUUACAGUAGCUCUGGGAAGACCCCAGUUGACAAACUUGGCAACAGUGCUCAAACUGCUAAAUUAGUAUCAGGUACUCUGAAGCCCACAGCAGGACAAGUCAAAAGUAGGGAUGGAAGACUUGAGGAACUAAUGUACCCAGUAAAUACCACCACAGCUGUUCCCAAAUUAUCCACUGGGGGUAAGAGCAGUGACAAACAAGUUGAAAAGAGGGGUAUGUCUGAUCAACAAGGCACAGAGCCACGUGAAGAUUAUGAUUGCAGUACAUCUGCAACAGAAUUAGAAAGUAAAGGUGACAAGGUUGCUCACCAAAAAAGCUCAGCUGGAAAAUUAAUGAUUAACGCUGCAGAACAAACAGAAGAAGUUGCUAGAUUAGAAAUAUCCAAGUUAUCAGAAAAACUAGAUGGUGCAAAACUGAACGCCUUGGUCCUACAGUGCACUGAAGAACACCCACAGCAGGAUGAUCAUGCAGGCAUCAAUUCAGAAAAGGAAGCUCAGGAUGUAGAAUUGCAAACCUUCAUAUUAGAUGGUGCUGAACAGUCUCAACGAUCUGACCUCUCCAACACAGUUGAACAAGCUAAGGACAUGGAUAUUGAUGCUCUUGUGUCAAAUAUUUCAGAACAGCCUGAACAGUGUGACGAUUUGAUUAGCUCAAGCACACUUGAGGUUAAGGAUGUAGCAGUUGUUACUUCUGUAUUUACUGGUACAGAGAACAGGAGUGUAUGCACUGCACUUACUGCAAUAGAAGGAGGAGAUGUUGAUAAUACUUGCAAACUAGAUGUUGUUGUGAAUGAUGACCCAAACAUUUCCAGUCUGACUGAACAGUUUCAAGAGGAAGCCCAUGCCUUGGUUAGUACUGCAGAACAUUGUCCGGAAGUGUGUAAUGCUCUAAAAUCGAAUAGAGCUAUGGAACUGGACAACCAUGCCUUAAACAACACUGCAAAUCAGCCAGCACAGUCCGAUAGUGACCUGAAUGUCUCUGAACCACUAGAUGAAGUUAAAGAUGUAGAAGUAGAUAUUCACCAAUAUGAUAUUGACUUAAACAUCUCUGAACCAGGUGAUGAGGUUAAAGAUGUGCAAGUAGAUGUUCACCAGUAUGAUACUGAUGUAAAUGUCUCUGAAUUAGUAGAUGAGGUUAAAGAUGUGCAAGUAGAUUUACACCAGUAUGAUGCUGAUGUAAAUAUGCCUGAACCAGGUGAUGAGGUUAAAGACGUGCAAGUAGAUGUUCACCAGUAUGAUACUGACUUGAGGAUCUCUGAAGAAAUAGAUGAGGUUAGGGAUGUGCAAGUAGAUGUUCACCAGUAUGAUACUGACUUAAUCGUCUCUGAACCAGUUGAUGAGGUUAAAGAUAUAAAAGUGGAUGCUUUCAUAUCUGAUGGCACCAUAGAACAGUAUGAAGUUGGUUUCAGCCUCAUCAGUCCGGUGAAUGAAGUUGGAGAUGUAAAAAUAAAUACCUCAAUAUUAGAUGGCAUUGUGGAACAGCAGCAAUUUAAUGCAGUGGAGCCAGUGAGGGUUGAAGAAAUAGGUGGCCAUAAAAUAGGUCAAAUUGGAAAUAGUGAAGUGAACAAAUUGCUGCAGUCUGAUCUUUGUGAUGACCAUGUAAACAGUGGUCCUAUCCCAAAUCAGCAAGAAAUAGAGUUGACAGACACAUUACAAAUCAAACCUCGUGAGAGAGAAGGCAUCAAUUUUAAGGAGAAGCAGGAUAUAGAUGCGAGCGCUUUACUACAGGCUGAGCGGUUUGGUACUCAGCAGAAUAUUCCUAAACCUGCAGAGCUAUGUAAAGAAAUGAGCAGCUCACAGCAGACUAAACAGCAUGAUAAUAAUAAGGUAAAUGUUGCAGCUAUACAGCCUCAAGGUCAUGGUGGGAGCAACUUUCCUGAACCAGAAGAUCUGUCUGAAAGUGAAAAAGUUUGUAUUUCCGUUCAGUCCAGGCAUAGUGACAGUCAAAUUAGCAACUUAAAUGUUGCGAGAGCAGACAGUGUAGCAGAAGCCCUAAAACUGUCCCCACAGCUCCAAAAUGCUGAUGACAGCUCUUCAGAAAUGGCACCGAAGGAAAGUAAAUCAAGUGUCUGUCAAUUAACAGAAGCUGUUGGCAGUAGCAAAACAGACACUAGAGAGGACUGCAAAAGCAGUGGCAGUUCGCGUACAUCCUCUAGACGAGCAGCACAAGCUGGCAAGGCUGCGUUGUCAACUCAUACCUCUACUAAAGCAAACGAAAAGCAUGAAUUGGAUGAGUCUGCAAACAUUCAGGCCAAGCAGCCACGUCGCAGGAGUGCAAGGAAUCUUCGGUCAGCAAAGUAAAAUUGUAAAAGAGUUCUGACAGAAGAGCAAAACGUCUACACAGCAGGAUGGAGAUCGUAUUCAGUAACAAAUAGUGAAACGCACAAAACCUUGUUCAUUUCUGAUCUGCAGACUAAGUCCUGAGCUUUGUAUCCUAUUCCUGUCUGCCUCCCUGACUUUUUUGUAAAGAAAUUGUGAUUUUUUUUUGGUGGAGGUGGGAGUGGGGUCUUUUUUUAGGUAUGCAUGCUGUAAAAUUCCAGCAAAGAUUUCAAUCACUUUAUAAGUGCUGUGCAGGAUUAUACUUUUGUUUCUUUUUGCAUGGCAUUGCAUUAUGUUGUAACAGGCAUCCAGGGCACAGGCAUUCCACUUGACAACAAAUUGAUAUUUAAAUGAGUAUGGGGAUGUUCUAAACAACGACUUCGGCUGCUGGAGAUGACAGAAGGCUUUGUGUUGCAACAGUUGUUAACUGGGUGAAGGAGUGUAGUUUCCUUUUUUCAGCAUACUGCUCUUCUAUAAUUGUUUGUCACUAUUACAGUGGCCUGAAGAAAUCAUCUCGUCACUUAACGGUAAACCAAUGGAAGGUUUUUAAAAUAGUUUAUAGUUUCUUCUGUUUUAUUCCUAAUAUUGUACAUUAAACAGGUGUAGUCAAGUCUGUUGUGUCUGCCUUUUCUCUUGUUUCACUAUUCUGCAGUGUUGUCUCCAUUGAAUAGAUUCAUCGGUCUAUCUUUACCUCGGAGUGGGAAGUGAAUUUGGUAAGACAGGUCAAGAGCAUGGACCAAAAUUGUGAUUUUUCAAUUUUUUUUGUAAAUGCUAUGCUUUGUAAUUUUGCUGUGAUGCAAUAACUUUCCUCUAUUGCAGCAUUUAGAGCAAUGCAGAAUCGAUGCAGCAGGAUCGAUGAAAGAAGGCACUGAACUCAUUUCCCCUCUGCCCGAACGCAAUAUCACAGUAUCAUUGUAUUGACAAUUUCUGUACAAUUCUGUUCUAAACAGUAAUGUUUAAAAAAGAAUCCUGUGAACUUGAUGGAUUGUAACUGCAAGUUGCUUGGAUGACAUUUAUUUGCAUAAUUGCUAUGUUGAAAUGUUAUAAAUAAAACUACUCCAUUCAACUGUCGAA